AAAUUAUUGUUCAUAGCUGGACGAACAUGUACUAUUUUCAAUGAUUCUUUCUCUCUAUAUACAAUAACGGCAACACCCUGGGGCUAGUUGGCCUGGUGGAAUUUGUGGUACCAUUUUAAAUGGCGACAGCCCCAAAACGGAAAGGCGAACCAGGCGCGGUGAUUGGUGCAAGCUCUUCGCAGGAUCUGGUCAAUGAUACGAACUCGGGCCGUCGGCAGGACCAGAAGGUUUACACCUUCAACAGCGAUAAGCAGGACAAGGCGAGUCCCUCCGGUGGGGCAGCACAGGCGAAAAUCGAUGAGAAGGCCAAGCCGCAAAAGACCAUACUCGAGGAGCAUGGCAUCAUAUUGGGCAAGGUAAUAGGGACAGGGAACUAUGCCAAGGUUAAGAUUGGGUUCUCCGAGGAGUACGGCAAGCGAGUGGCCGUCAAGAUCAUAUCCAAGGUGAAGGCGCCGCCGGAGUACACGCAAAAGUUUCUGCCACGCGAAAUCGAGGCUGUGAAGGGACUGCAUCAUGACAAUCUAAUAACCUUCUAUCAGAGCAUAGAGACCAGUCAUAGAGUUUAUCUGAUUAUGCAGCUGGCGGAGAAUGGCACACUGCUGGAUUAUGUGCGUGAGAAGAAGUUCCUGGAUGAGCCGCAGUCGCGGAAGCUGUUCCGGCAACUGAUUAGCGCCGUGGAGUAUAUACACAGCAAGGGCGUGGUUCAUCGGGACAUCAAGUGCGAGAAUCUGCUGCUGGACGAGGACUGGAAUCUGAAGCUAAUCGAUUUUGGAUUCGCACGCAAGGACACGCGCUCCUCCGACAAUCAGGUGGUGCUGUCGAAAACAUUUUGCGGCAGCUACGCCUACGCCAGUCCCGAGAUACUCAAGGGCGUUGCCUACGAUCCCUUCAUGUCCGACAUCUGGGCCUGUGGCGUUGUCUGCUAUGCAAUGGUCUUUGGCCGCCUGCCCUACGAUGGCUCCAAUGUGCACAUACUCCUGAAGCGCAUCAACCAGUCGCUGGUGUUCCCCAAAUCCCCACCAGCCACCAGUGAGUGCAAGCACAUGAUAAUGCACGUGCUGGCACCCGUCAAGAUCCGAUAUAAUGUGCCACAGGUCAAAGAGGAUCCCUGGUUCACAAGCAAGUAGACAGCCCCAUCCAUCCAGAUGCUGCCGUGGAACAAGAACCAACCAAUUCAAAUUAUCAGUAAAUAAAUUAAUAAAUGUUUC